AUGAACCUCAAUCAUCAUAACACCCAGCCAAUGUCAUUAGUGUCCCAGUCAUUGACACUGAGAUGGAGUAUUUCUUGUCCCAUUCCCCAUUCUGUUUAUUCUUUAGGAAAAGUUGUCAAUCUAUCAUCUGAUUAUAAAGAUGAGAUUCUUGCUGAACCUGAAGUAAACCAACCUAAUCCUUCUGACUUGGACUUCCAUAGAACCAAUAUACUUCCACCACUAAGACCUCCUAUUGAUGAAUUAUUGAUACAGUUUGAAAGUGAAACAAAUGAACGUUUUCACUCUUCGACGCAAGUUUGCACAUAUUGUGUAAAUCUGUUGAGAGUGGUGCACUCUGAAAUGACUUCAUAA